AUGUUCUCUGCAAGCGACAAGUUUAUGAAUAUGACUCCGAGUCACCCGGUCAACAUUGCCAGUGGUUCAUUGGCUAAACGAAAACGGGAAAAUACUGGUGUGCCUGGCUCGUCAGCAAAUGCUGUGGAUCUUGGAUUUAAAAACUUCCCUUCAAUUGUCUCUAAAGUUGGCACCCCCAGUGAUAAUCCAGCAAUUGCUAGAAUGGUACUUUCCUCUGCAGCAUCCUCUAGGGAAACAGUCAACGCAAACAGCUCCCUCUCCGAGCGUAAAAGUUAUGUUGGUAAAGAGAAUCAGUCACAAAUUACAUCUAGGAGCUUUGGAAAAUCAUUUAAUGGAGGUACAAUCUGUGCUGAAAAUGACGGGAGCAUGGAUAUGACUGAAGCUCAGACCGGCCACAUUACAGGACCCACGGGAUCAGAGGAGCCUUUCCAGUUUAUGUUUCCUUCACAUUAUAUGUACACCAACAGUGAAAGUGUGAAGAAACAAGAGAUGACUUCAGGAGCGAAGAAAAACAAAGUGCUAGGAUCUUCUGACCGCACAGGUUUGGAAACCGAAAGAAAUCCGGUCAAAUUUGAUUACGAAGAGAAAACAGUCAGGUUUAAUGCAGAUGAUGCAGCUAUGGAUGUGACAAGAAGCCUCAAUGUAAACCUUGCCACCAAUUUCGCACAACAGCCCUACAAAUAUGUGGAAAAUCUGCCUGCAGGUGGAGAGAAAACUGUGAGGUUCAAUGCUGACGAUGCCUGUAUGGAUGUGACAAGAAGUCACACGGCAAAAAUUGACACCAAUAUACAACCACAGUCACAACCAAAGAUGGACUUCCUUCCGGCCUGUGGAGAGAAAACUAUCAGGUUCAAUGCUGACGAUGCCUGUAUGGAUGUGACAAGAAGUCACACGGCAAAAAUUGACACCAAUAUACAACCACAGUCACAACCAAAGAUGGACAUCCUUCUGGCCUGUGGAGAGAAAACUGUCAGGUUCAAUGCUGACGAUGCCUGUAUGGAUGUGACAAAAAGUCACACGGCAAAAAUUGACACCAAUAUACAACCACAGUCACAACCAAAGAUGGACAUCCUUCUGGCCUGUGGAGAGAAAACUGUCAGGUUCAAUGCUGACGAUGCCUGUAUGGAUGUGACAAGAAGUCACACGGCAAAAAUUGACACCAAUAUACAACCACAGUCACAACCAAAUGUGGACUUCCUUCCGGCCUGUGGAGAGAAAACUAUCAGGUUCAAUGCUGACGAUGCCUGUAUGGAUGUGACAAAAAGUCACACGGCAAAAAUUGACACCAAUAUACAACCACAGUCACAACCAAAGAUGGACAUUCUUCUGGCCUGUGGAGAGAAAACUGUCAGGUUCAAUGCUGACGAUGCCUGUAUGGAUGUGACAAAAAGUCACACGGCAAAAAUUGACACCAAUAUACAACCACAGUCACAACCAAAGAUGGACAUCCUUCUGGCCUGUGGAGAGAAAACUGUCAGGUUCAAUGCUGACGAUGCCUGUAUGGAUGUGACAAGAAGUCACACGGCAAAAAUUGACACCAAUAUACAACUACAGUCACAACCAAAUGUGGACUUCCUUCUGGCCUGUGGAGAGAAAACUGUCAGGUUCAAUGCUGACGAUGCCUGUAUGGAUGUGACAAGAAGUCACACGGCAAAAAUUGACACCAAUAUACAACCACAGUCACAACCAAAGAUGGACAUCCUUCUGGCCUGUGGAGAGAAAACUGUCAGGUUCAAUGCUGACGAUGCCUGUAUGGAUAUGACAAGAAGCCACAGUGUAAAUAUCGCUACAGAUUUAAAACAGCAGCCACACAAAAAUGUGGACUUCUUACCAGCUUGUGUGCAGAAAACAAUGGGGUUCAGUGCAAAUUAUGCAGCUAAAGAUGUGACAAGAAGUCGCACUGUAAACAUUUCCACUGAUUUUGAACCAAAGUCUUACCAAAAUGUGGAAAGUCUACCUGCUUGUGGAGAAAAAACUGACAAGUUCAAUGCCACUGAUGCGGCUAUGAAUGUGACCCAGUUCCUUGCUGUAAACAUUGCCAGCAAUUCAGAAUCAGAUCCACAUCUUCCACACAGAGAAUCUAACAUAUUAUCCACCAAUGAAAACAGGGAUUUCCCUUUAUCUGCAAAGAAAACGCAGCGGCCGCUUGGAAACCGAUCUGCACACGUUUUGGAAAACACCCUGUCCAUUAAAAGUGGUGCUAAUGCCGUGAACACCGGAGAAGUGGCUGCUGCUGCAGGCCUUCAAGAAACUGUCAACACAAAUGGCCCACUUAGAAAACAGAAGCCCAAUGUGGAUACUGAUAAUGAAGCUCCAGGGUUCAUCUCAGCUGUAAUAGAGAAGCCGGUCAACGAAACCAUGACAGAAGAUCCACAGGACGAUGUAAGCAUUGAUAUGACUGAAGCUCAAACGGGUAGCAUUCUGGGACAAACGUGUACAGAUGAGCCACCUCAAUGCCCCCAGAUCAAUGAAGCACUUGGAUGUCUGGAAAUCAUAAACGUUCCCGAUGCUCUAGACUCAAAAGAAACGUACAUCUGGAAGGAACCUGAACCAAGAAAUCAAACGUGUACUUUACCACAGAAGAUGGAGAGUAAUCCUGGUGCCGUUGUUGACGCUGCGCCUUCACGGAAGUCUAGACUAAUUAGUAUAGCCGAUAUUCAGUCAAAAGUGAGGCGUUUAAGCCACAUGAUGAACACAGCUCCUGAUACUAUCGCCUUGGACAGCUGCACAGCACCUGUGACUGGACUGGAAAGCGAAAUGGACCAAAACUCAAUGGACAAAACAGCAUUCCUACCUGUAACAGAGCCUGCACAUGAAAUAGGUUUACUAAAUACAGAAGAAAAUCCACAAGCUCAAUGUCUUACACAAGAAGAACCCUCUACUACCCCUUACAACUUGAAGACUAAACUGAUGUCCAGACUCUCAGUAGGAGGCUUUAAGGCAAAACUCCCGCAAAGAAACAAACCUGAUGAUCAAAAAAAGGAGUCUGCUGCGGGAGAAUUUACAACAACAGUGAAUGUUACUAAUCAACUGAGCAACUUCGACGAUGGUGUGAGCAAUAUCUAUGAGGAGGAGCUUGGAAGCUAUGAAGAUUUGUCAGAAACACUGGACAUAAUGAGUCCUCCGAAAGCCACAGAAAAAGAGAGUGCUACCCAGGACUUACACAUGGAAGAGAUUUUACAGGACAACUUAUUUCAACAGGACUUGAGCUGCAGCGUAAAUAGCAAAAAGAGACUUUUGUCAGAGGAGGAAAAUAACCCACAGGAUGAGAAGAGAUGGAAGACAUACAAUGAGGCAGCCACUGAGGGUGAAAAGGGAUUACAGUCUGAAGUUGAGGAGUGUGACGGCAACAUUACUGCAGCUCCGAGCAUGACAGCACACACCCCAGAUUACGCCACCAGCAGUCACACAGCCAGCACGAGAUGUGAAGCUACUUUUGAAAGUACCGCUUCCAAACAAAGCCUGUUUGAAUCACAGCUUGAAGACUUCACCAAUGAUUUACCGAGGAAAUUUGAAGAUGGCACCGUUACAGUGUUGGAGUUCUUCAAAGUCUUCAACAUACAUUUUGUCAUUCAUAAUAAUCGGGAGAGCAUCCUCCCUCGCAGACUUCAGUUGGACACAGAUUGCACACAGAUGGAUUUAUUGAAGGACAAACACAUCAACGGUCCCAAAAUGACGGUGUAUAAAACAGACGUCCUGAACCUCAAAGAGAUGGUGGAGGGGUUGAAGGAGAGGAUGCAGGACUUGGACAGACCACUGAAGAUUGUUAAUCGAGCUUUGUGGGAAGAAGUGAGAAAUGCUUCAGGGGAAGAGCUCAAAUCGUGUGGUGCAAAACUAAAAGAGAGAAAUAACCUCUUCAGGAAGACGAGCAAAGUUCUGUCGCAUGAAAUGAAGGAGGUCUUGUACACCAAGCUUGUGCUGGCUAACCUGGAGGAGCAACAGAGGUUGAGAGGAACGAUUGGGAAAGCAGAUGAGAUGAUAAAGAGCUUGGAUGACUGUAUUCACGAAUUACAAACCGAACUUGCUGUAGUUGAAGAAAAGGGAUUUGAAGACAAACCAAGUCUGAAAUCCCUUCAGGAAGAUAUGCAGGAAGCCACUGAGGCUUUGGCUGACAAUGACCGACAAAAAGCCGAACUGGAGAUGCAGAAGAAGCAGAGUUCAAACAAACUGAACAAGCUGAGAACAGAGAAGAGGAGACUGGAGAGUCACGUCAGCCUGCUUCAUCUGUUAAAUGAAUGGAAGUUUGCAGAAAGGAGCGACAACUCCACCAUCUACACUUUCCUCCACAAGACCCUUGAUCUCCAGCUGCUGUUUGAGAAACCCAAUGGAAAUGAUGCUGAUAAGUCUGAGAGGAAGAUAUCACACAUCACAUUCAAACUUCUACUCGAUGAUGAGAAGUCGCAGGACCACGCCCGCCUCGUUCACAAACUGCUCUCUCAGUACGUAGAGGGAAACACUGACUGGGUGGAGACUUAUCCAACAAGCAGACAUGUUCCAACGCUGCUGCACGAUGUUAGCCUGGUGGUGAGUCGCUGUCGGCUGCUGGGGGAGGAGCUGCGUCUGCUGAAAAUGUGGGGGGGUCUGAGGCUCGAUAUUCUCAGCAUCAGCUGUGUGGACACUCAAGUGCACAUUGUCUUCAGCUGUCUCAAGACAUUUUCCAAGUUUGAGGUGAUCUUCUCGGUCAGUUUGAUCGCCCGCCACUGUGUCCUUAAAGUGCAGAGCUUCAAGAACAUGAUCGGAAACACAACGAUCAAACCGAUCGAGGUGAUUGUGGCGUCUUUCAGUCCGGCCAAGAACGUCCUGACAAAGAUUGUCAAGAAGAUUCAUGAAACUCUGCUCUGUUGAAACCAGGACGUUUGAUUCCAUUCAUUAAACUCCUUUGUAUAGCAUAGAUGUUGACAAACUAUAACAAAAAAUGUAAAUAGUGUACAGUCAUUUUCUUUCUAUUCUGAAGUAUUUUUCACUGUAUUUUAUGUCCCAAUUAAAUACUUGGUGACAUACAUGUCAUGGUGUGCCAACGUACACGUUCAAUUUGUUAGAAUACAUUGUUUUAAUAAUAAUAAUAAAGGUAAAGGGAUUCUGAUUUGGUUUCUUUAAAACACUUUGUCACAGCUGCCUUGCUAAAUGUAGGUUACUCAAGUCAUGCUCGAAGGCCGUUCAUCUAGAUAUUUUUGACUUAAUUCCUAUUUUCUUAGUGAUCAUGUGAGCAACUUAAAAGAGAAACCACUGUUCACUGGUCUGAAAUAACUUCAGUGCAGUUUCCGGAGUUGCCUCCAGAUGCUGAACCUGGACCAAACUUACAUUACUUUGUUUACUUGUGUACAGCACUUUCCAUUUUGUCGUAGUUUAGUAAAAAUGUUUUGUACUUGCAAAAAAAUCUAAAAUAAAUACAAUUAAAUGUU